ACGACAGACAAUAUGUCCCUUUUGAGACACAACUCAUGUUAUAUCAUUCAGAAUAAACGUCCUGUCUUUGAGACAAGCUGCCAAAACGGUGCGCGUAAUUUUUGUUUAUAAUGUUGUAACGAACGUUCGUCUGUGAAAAAAGCUUUAUAAUUUUGGCCCAUGAGCAACAAUAUAAUGGAUAUAAUGGCAUCGAUAAACGAUGAGAUUCCCGCUCAUGUGCAAGACGAUGUAAUUAGUUUACUGGAUAAUUAUUGUGCUAGUCUCUUCAAACCACCUACAACCAUUAAAGACAUUCUGAACUAUUUGUUGGAAAACGAUUCAGCUGCGGAUUUAGACGUUCCGGAACACACCAACAAUGACCUGAAUGCAUUGGGCAACAAUUACGAAGAUAAUUUAAAUGUCAGUGACAUGGUGGCCAGGUCACAACAAUCACAGCAAAUUCAAUUAAUCGGACCAAUGAUGCAGAUCGAAGAUGAUAAACCAGCAAAGACGGAGCAAACGACUACACUCACAACUGAUAAAGAUAAUUUCUUCGUUGAUCCAGACGAUGGGACAAUUGUUUAUUUACCGGCUGAUUUAGUUGAACUUGAAACGGUUGCACAGACUCCUCAAACGUACUCAAAAAGUGAGAAGGAGAACCAGGAAGAUUAUGAAUGCAUGAUAUGCAGGAGGACAUUUCGACGGCACUAUAAUUUCAGACAACAUAUGAAACUCCAUGAUCCGAUAUCGUAUGAGUGUGAGGUGUGUCAUCAUGUAUUUGAUUCGAGACAUUACUACGAUUUGCACAUGAAAUCCCAUACUCCUCCUUAUGUAUGCGAGGUGUGCGGCCGCCGUUUUAUGAAUAAACUUCAUUUGACCUAUCACUCAAAAAGCCAUCUCGGUGGUAAGGAGCCAUAUAAAUGCAAUGUGUGCAAUAGAGCAUUUCAGUACAAAUAUUUAUUAGACCAACACUCGUUAGUGCAUUUAGAUUUACCCUAUAGAUGUGACGUGUGCAUCAGAAGCUUUAAGUACAAAUAUUUGUUGGAUCGACACAUUGCGUCCCAUUCCGAUAACAAAAAGCCUUGCAAGGACCCAUUGAAGAAAAAAAAAAUACUUUCAUCGAACAUGGAAACACCUUAGGAUGGACCACUAAAGCAAUCGACGUCUUUGAAUGUAAGGAAAAAAUCAUUUUGCGAAAUGGACGACAGAAGCCAGUGAAUAAUUUCUAAAUUGGUUUGACCGUUAGUUUAAUCCUAGUAACCUUUUAAUCCUAUUUUAUGUUUAAGUUCCAAUUUUAUGUCCUUAGGAUUUUGAAUGUAAAUAAAUUAAAUGUCACAAAGA